AUGAAAGCUGAGCAAUACCAAUGUUUUGUUCCCGGCUCAGCGAAAAGCUCAUGUGAUAGGGAUUAUCUCCUUAUCUCUCUCUCUCUCUCUCUCUCUUAUCCUCCUUCUCGGCGAGGAGUCGUAGAGGAGCUACGUGACAACUACGGCAAAUGCGUGCCGCAAUUCGUCCAGGAAUGCAUCACAUUCGCACUGGACAUGGAUGAAUGUGGUGGACAACGAUCGCUCUAUCUGGAUGGAAACGAAUGGAUCCGGCCGUCGGGUGCGAAUCGAUUCUUUCGAAUCUCCUAUCCACCGAAUCAAGGAUCAGCGGAUGAGGAUGGAUUGAAUACGUGGAGCAUCGAGAGAUCAGCUAACGCCAGUAAUAGUGAUAUUCAGCCUAUUUUCAGCCAAAAAGAAUAUCUGAAAAAACAGCUGCUACCUGAAGAAGAAAAAAAAACGAAUCACCUGAAAACUGGAGAGAAGGAAGCUCACGACGUUUGUCCGAUUUUCCGAUAUCUCUGGAAACAAAAUGUAACAUUGAAUGGUGGGGAAGUAGAAUCAAUGAAGAGAGAGAGAGGAAGUAUCAUUGCCAGUUUUUUCGAUAGGCCUAUUUUCAGCCAAAAAGAAUGUCUGAAAAAACAGCUGCUACCUGAAGAAGAAGAAAAAAACGAAUCACCUGAAAACUGGAGAGAAGGAAGCUCACAUCACAUGUCGCCGUUACAAUGGUCAAAAGUACAGCUCCUCGUUUGGAUUCGUUCGAAAGAUCUAUCAGCUGAAGUGUCUGGAAACGUGUCCGUCGGAAGUCGCAGCCCAUCUGGUUAA